AUGCAGCAUCCAAAUUUCAUCAGAAUUCCAUGUGGGACAAUGCAUAGAAUUUUCACUUGGUACCAUGUUGCUAUUGAUUUCAAUACACAACCGAUGAUAAAUUGCUUUUAUCAAAUGGCCAAUCUUUAUGGCAUGGCCGCCACUCCUUUGUUCUUACUCUUUGACUAUUCUUUAUUACCUGAAGAGAUAAUUACAUUUAUCCAAGGCAUGACUGUUCUUGACCGCGAUGUUAUUGGCCCUUUAGUACAUUAUCAUUUUAAGAAAUCCGCUGCAGAGAAAACCAUGUUAGUCAACCAGAUCAAUAACCUUGAGAGUGAAUACCAGCGCUACCAAAUGAUAUAUUCACAGACAGAGCAACGGAAUCGAAUUCUUAUCAGCAAAACAACUGAAAACGAAUCACGCAAACAGUCAUUAGUCGCAGAAUUACAAGAUAUCGAGUCCAAAUGCUCAGAUCUCCAACAAAGUCUUGAUAACAUCCGUGCCAAUUCCAACAAGUCAAACGACAUUCUUCAGAAGUCAGUCAUUGAUACUCGUCAGACGAACAUGGACAUCGACGACAUGGAAUUGAACAUCCAAGCACUGAAGAAACAACUCGAAGAUUCGGCACAGCUCAAAGCACAACUUGCGCAACAGCAGCAAGAACUGGAGAAGAAGAUGUUCAAUGACGACAAGAAAGUUUUCAACUCAGAACAAACACAAGAACAAGAAUCAUCACACAAUGAAAUUGUUGUUUCUAGAGAAAACUAUGUUGAACCUCUUCUCAAACCAGUAGAUUUCAAUGACAAAGACUUCGAAACAGCGUUCAUCAACAAGAAUGAUCUUAAGUUUGAUCUAGCUGUCACGCCUUCCCUUAAGUACUCUCUAGACACUGAAGGAACACUUAGAAUGGCUGAACUCCACAUUCUAUGGAGAAACUGCCAGAACGGAAACGCACGAGCUCUAACUGACUACGGAACACAUAUCUUGAGGACAGACCCUCUUUCAUUCGACUUAGGAAUGAACUACCUGGAGAUGGCAGUCGAACACGAUGAACCUUACGCGUUGUACAACUUAGCUUCACUGAUACAAAAUGGUAAAAUAGGGGGAACAAAGGAAGAAGUAGCAUUUUUGUUGGCAAAAGCAGCAAAAUUUGGAGAACCUAACUCUGUAUCUAUUGUUAAGAGCUGCGUCAAAGUUGUAGAACUUUAA